GCCGAGCCCCGCCCGCCGGGCGCCGGGGCCGGGGCGGGAAAGUUUGCGGCGCGGGGGCGCGGCCGCGGGAGGAGGAGCGGGAGGCAGGAGCCGCGGCUGCUGCAGCUGGUUCCGCGGCACUGAGCCCGCGGCCGCGGAGCCCGGGGCGCUGCUGGGCAGGACUCAUGCAGCCAAUAAUACAUAUAGCUAUGUAAGAUUUUGAAAACAGGAUUCCUAUUGUUAUCGAUUGAUGAUCUAUUGGAAGGGAAAUAUUAGAUCUUAAGGCUUUGACCUCCUUCACACUUGAACUAAAGUUCAGCUUCCAUGGCCUCUGAAGAAUCUCCUGGUCAUUCAGACAUCUUUGCACGCCAGAAUUCCACCAGUGGCGUUUCUCUAGACUUUGAAGCAGACACCGACUACCAGUUUGUUGAAACCUUGGAAGAUCGCUACAAAUGUGCCUCUUGCCACCUAGUCCUUCACAAUCCUCACCAAACAGGAUGUGGUCACAGAUUUUGCCAGCAUUGUAUUAUUUCUCUGAAAGACCGGAGUGCAGUGCCUAUCUGCCCUGUAGACAAAGAAAUCAUAAAAAUGCAUGAGGUAUUCAAAGACAAUUGCUGCAAAAGAGAAGUUCUCAACUUGCAAGUAUUUUGCAAAAAUGUUCCUGAUUGCAAUUCAAAAAUAAUUCUAGGACGAUAUCGGGAUCACCUUCAGCAGUGUUGUUUUGAAAAUGUGCAGUGCACUAAUGAUGGAUGUCAUGAUCAAGUUCUUCGGAAGGAUUUAAAAGACCACUUAAGUCUGCAGUGCAGAUUUCGAGAAGAAAAAUGUCAGUACUGUAAUAACUAUGUGGUUUCAAUUAAUUUAAAGAACCAUGAGAACAAUGAUUGUCCUGAUUAUCCUGUGCCUUGUCUUCAAAAUUGUUCUCAGAUAAUACUGAAAAAAGAGAUUGAUGAGCACUUCUUUGUGUGUCCAGAGGCAGAAGUGGACUGUCCCUAUAAGCAAUAUGGUUGUUCUGUAAAGGUUAAAAGAGGAAAGCUGGCUGAACAUGAAAAUGCAUCCCUGAGGGAACACAUGCUACAGAUUUUAGAAAAGAACUCCAGAUUGGAAGAACAGAUAUCUGACCUAUAUAAGAGCCUGGAAUUCAAAGAGAGCAAAAUCCAACAGUUAGCAGAUGCAGUUAAAAAAUGUGAAAAAGAAUUCAGACAGUUUGCACAGCUGUUUGGUAAAAAUAGCAACUUGAUGGUAAGCACUCAGACUCUGGCCAAUCAUCUUGAUAAAUCUACAUGGCUGGAAACGCAAGUGAAGCAGCUCAUACAAAUGGCAAGCCAGCAGCAAAACAAAUUUGACUUGAGGCCACUGUUGGAGACCAUUGAAAAUGUAAAGCAGAAGAUUGCCCUUAUGGAAACAUAUGAUCAGCGUUUGGUUGUUUUGGAAGGUCAGUCCAACAAGCAUGAUGUCCACAUCAAUAUUCACAAAGCACAGCUCAAUAAAAAUGAAGAACGAUUUAAACUUUUGGAAAGCACAUGUUACAAUGGAAAACUGAUCUGGAAAAUUAUGGAUUACAAAUUGAAGAAAAAAGAAGCAGUAGAAGGUCGCACUCCAUCUGUAUUCAGCCAGCCAUUUUACACCAGCCGCUGUGGAUACAGAUUAUGUGCAAGAGCUUACCUGAAUGGUGAUGGUUCAGGAAAAGGGACACAUGUCUCCCUCUACUUUGUGGUGAUGAAAGGGGAGUUUGACUCAUUGCUACCGUGGCCUUUCAAGCAAAAAGUUACGCUUAUGCUUCUGGACCAAAGUGGGAAAAAAAAUCACAUUGUAGAAGUCUUCAAGGCUGACCCCAACAGCAGCAGUUUCAAAAGGCCAGAUGGAGACAUGAAUAUUGCCUCUGGGUGUCCACGAUUUGUGGCGCACACUGUGCUGGAGAACACAAAGAAUGCCUUUGUCAAAGAUGACACUCUCUUCUUGAAAGUAGUUGUUGAUUUAACUGACCUUGAGGAACUGUGAAGUGUGUCUGAAAGACACAACUUCUUAAUGACUUUAAAAAAAAAAAAAAAAAGACUCUUGGUGAUGACCAGCCAUGCAAUAAUGAAUUACCACUAGUCAAGCUACUUGACAUGUUUUUGUACUUUUUUGAAUAUAUAACAGCUAAUGAAUUGCCAAAGCACCAGCCUUUUGUUUGUUUGAUACUGCACUUAAGGCAGCCAUAAGUCCAAACUGAUGUUGUGGACAUGUAUUCAAACCAGUAUUUUGAUUUUGUACUAUAUGUUUUAGAAAUGACUACUUGUCUUGCAUCUCAAGUCUGGCAUCUUGAGAUGAAAAUACAGUGCAGGGCACUUGGGAACCCAGGCAGGUCUGUGGGUUCCAGGCACUUGCAUAAACAUUGAUCAGGCUGCUGUCAUUGUGGUGCACAGGUGCAUUUCACAUGGCUUGAACUGGAAACAUCUCAACAUUUACCCAAUUAUGAGUGUGUGUAUAUAUAGAUAUAGAUAUAGAUAUAGAUAUAGAUAGAUAUAUAUAUAUAUCAGGAUCCAAGCAGCGCCUUGACUGGGAAAACUGAGGGACAAAAGCUUAGUCAGUAGUUGCAGAGCUCCUACUUAUUGGAAAGUUUGAAGACGUGUCUUUUAGGGCAUGUUAGUACCACAGCUUCUUAUGACCUGGUAUCCUCUCUUUUUCCAGCUCAGUGCCUUUGGACUGAUCCACAUUGGUGAUGAACACACACAGUCCCCAUUUGAAGUCAGCAGAAGCUGCAGGUGCUUAUCUCUGUAUUUGGGAGGUAUGGCCAUUAGUGGUAGAGCCCUUAGUGGUAUAGCCAGACUAUCAGCUUAAGGGUAGCAGGCAACUUGGGUCUAUUGCUGGAGGAGUAGAACAGAAGUUAAAGAACAUUUCUCUCUCUCUGUCUGUCUCAAGGACCUCAUUGUACUAGGUAUUGUCAGAACAGAAGAAAAGGUGCGUCCCUGCUCCCCAGAGUCUUCAGUCUAGAGGCUAAAUAAAACUACGCUUUCUUGAAAAUCCAGCCCAAUUUAAAUCCUGUGACCUUUUUCAAAAUGUGGGUCUACAUUUUUAACCUCUUUUCUGAAGCCCAGAGGAGGAGAGAGUGGGAUUUUUGUUCUGAAUUCCUGUGUAUUGCAUGAGGCAUACAGAUGUGCAUAAAUGCUGAGGUCAGCUGCUGAGGAAUACUGGCCAGGUGGUAAUAGUGUAUCAGCUCUGCAAAAGCUUUAUGGCUACUUAAGGAGCUCUUUAUUUUGCUCACUCUUGAUCAUUUUGUUGGUACAAACAGAAUGAAGUGAAUGAGGUAGUUGGACAUCUACGCCUAAUUAUGUGCUCCUGGAGUCCAGCGGUGGUAGCAAACUUUUAACUUCUACAACAGCAGCAAGUAGUCAGGAUUGAUUUAGAAUAAAAGUAUGGGGGCAGGAUAAAGACCAAAUGGGAGCAAAGGCUGCAGGGAGAAAACAAGGGUGGAUUGAGUCAUCCUUGUGUCGUGACUUUUCAUGCUAUCAUCUUAAUAUUGACUGAACACUAGAAUUUUAGGCAUAAAUAUGUGUUAUUUUUGCCUGUAUUCUAAUACUUCUAGUUCUCAGGUGGAUUCAUGGAUACAAGGAAGACAGAAAUUAUGUCAAAACUAGAAAAACUGAACUGUUUUUUAAAAUCUCUGUAGGCUGCUAACUGUGCACAUCUCUCAGUACAAUAUUUCAAUUUAGCUGCCACGUGCCCUUGCUUUGGUAUAAUGCCAGUAUAUCCUGAGCCACUGUAGAGGUUAUACACAUUCCCAUGGCCAAAUUCUGCUUUGUUGCAUAGCUGCAGUUUUUGUCAACUUCAAUAAACAGUUGCAUCUUUACAACAGAGCAGAAUUUGGCCUUUUUUAAAUAUUUUAUUUUGAAAAGAAUGACUUUGUUUUCAAAAUGGUGCGGCAUGCUAGAAUGUAAAGAAAAAAGGUGAUAGAAUAUGACCUGUUAAACUGAACCUACCGUUGAUUAUUGCAGUAACAUCUAGGCUGUAACUUUCAAAGUGUUAUGAGUGGUGAUUCAUGGAAAUUAUACCAUCCAUUUCCACAACACUAUUCAAACGUUAAGCAUCAGAUACAGAAAGUAAUUGAGAAUUCAGAGAAAUAAAGGGGGAAGAGGAAGGCAUUGCUGUUAUCUGAGCAAGUCACGAAACUCUGCCUCCAUUUUCCCCAGCUGUAAAAUGGGGAUAAUAAUACUUGCAUCACAGGAGUGUUGGAACUGUUAAAUGUUUGUGAAGUGCUAUGAGCAUGAGCAGAGCUAAGUAUUAUUAGAACUCCAUUUCUAAGUGUUAGAUUAGGUGGUGGCUUUGUGGCGGUGACAAGUGUUUAGUGUGGUGUUGAGCAGAACUUCGGAAGCAUGUUCAAUUUUAUCCCAUCCAUAUUGCAACCUCUCCUCACCUACUCACAGACUGUUUGCACUUUUAAAUUUUUUGUUUUGUGAUUAAUGUAAUUUUAGAACAGAACUAUUUAAAUAGAUAGCCAAGCACACACCACUCUCUCUGGAUGAGGAGGGGGGCGGCACGGGGGAAGUCCUUGUCCAUGGCUGCCUUGUUUUGUAAAAAAGAAAAGCAAACAACAUUUUUAAGGGUGACCUUUUAAUCGACUCGUUUAUAUAAAAGCAACUGUGAGUUUGGGUUUUGCUCUUUCAAAUGUUUUUACAAUUUAUAAGCUGGAGUUUUAGAUGUUGUCUCUUUUCUGAGUGACCAAAACCUUAGCACCGCAUGGGUGUGGGAGGAAAAGGUUGAGCUGUUCUUUGCAUGGGAAACUUUUGGUGACAAUGGAGGAGGCAGGUAGCCAUGGGCCUGCCUACUGCCAGAGGCAGCGGUUUCAAUGGCCUCUACAGGAUUUUUAGCCGUUUAAAAAAAAAAAAAAGAAUAGUUCUAAUGGAAACACUGGCGUUUCUUUCUUUCUUUUUUUUUUUCCCUUCUAGUCCCACAUCGUCUCUGUACGAGGAGAAUAAGUGAUGAAUAAAGUGUGGAUUUUGCCACCCUA